UGUAACAUGUAAAUAUCAUGCCACGUGGGGUUCAGGGCUACAGGUGCCCUAAGAGAAAGAGCUGCCCAAACCUCCUUCAUCUCCGACCCCCUCCCCACACCAGACACACACACACACACACACACACACACACACACACACACACACACACACACACAGAUAACACGCGCACACAUACACACAUCCUCUCCAACCCCCCCUCCUCGUUCGUCUUCCUCGGGGCGGGCAGGGCUGCAGCAGUUUUAUGAACGGCACGGCUGCAUCAUGAUCCCUCUCCCACUGAACCAGCCCCGAGCUGUUUCAUUGACAAACAUUCCGGUUGCUGCAUUUCUGUCACGGACAGCGUCGAGGAGCGGAGCAUCGCCGGGGGAGCGGUGCAGAGCAGCAGCAGCAGCAGCAGCAGAAGAGGAGGAAGCAGCAGCUGCAGUCAUCAUCGACAUCAACCGCCGGUGUCGUUCGCACCAGCUCUUAAGCUGUUGAUUCGCCACUUGGACCCGGACCGGAGCCUCGCGCACACCCUCUUCAUCCUGCACGCUCUCUCGGGACAGCCAGAAGAAGCACCUUGGAGGGGGGAGGGGGCGAGGGGGGCAGACAGCUUUUGCCACUCCGACCCCUUGGGGGAUGUGAGGCGGCGUCGUUAACGCUCACUCUGUGGCACAUUACUGGAUUUGUUUGAACGACUUCCAUGAAGCGCCCGGACGCACGGAUGGAGGAUUCUGGACGCUUUUUAAAAACACGGAUAUCUGCGAGACUGCAGCGGCCGGUGUGUGAUGCGAACUGAGCCGUGGGUGGUGUAGACCCCCUCCCCGCACCCCACACCCCCAUCGCCUUAUCCGCGAACUCUCCUUCCAACCGGGACGCACAGCCUUGUUUCACUCCACCGGGGGAACAUGUCCCGGGCAGCGGCUAUCGCCAGCUCCCUGAUCCGCCAGAAGCGGCAGGCGAGGGAGCGGGAGAAGGCGAACGCUUGCCGCGGCAGCGGCAGCCCGAGCAACAGCAAAGGCACAAACGAGAAGCCGAGCAAGCUGAAUGUGUUCUCGCGUGUCAAAUUGUUUGGAUCGAGGAAGAAACGGAAGAGAAGGCGACCACCAGAGCCCCAGUUAAAGGGCAUUGUGACCAGACUUUCCAGUCGCCAGGGCUUCCAGCUGCAGAUGCAGCCUGAUGGAACCAUUGAUGGAACCAAGGAUGAGGACAGCACCUAUGCUGUGUUCAACCUGAUCCCGGUGGGGCUUCGUGUGGUGGCCAUCCAGGGCGUGCAGACCAAACUCUACUUGGCAAUGAACAACGAAGGCUUUCUCUACACCUCUGAACAUUUUACCCCAGAGUGUAAGUUCAAGGAGUCAGUGUUUGAGAACUACUACGUCACCUACUCCUCCAUGCUGUACCGGCAGCAGGCAUCGGGCCGGGCCUGGUACCUGGGACUCAACAAGGAGGGUGGAAUCAUGAAGGGGAACCACGUCAAGAAGAACAAGGCCGCUGCACACUUCAUACCGAAACCGCUCAAAGUGGCCAUGUACAGGGAGCCCUCCCUCCAUGACCUGACAGAACUCUCACGGUCAGGUAGCGGCACGCCGACCAAGAGUCGCAGCGCUUCGGCCCUACUUAACGGCGGAGGGAAGACGCCAAGCAACAAUGACUUAUCCUAGCCCCACCACCCCUCACACACACACACACACACACACACACACACACACACACACACACACACACACACACACACAAACACACACAUAUACACAAGCACGCACGAACACAUGCACAUGAACACACACACACACACACGCACAGAUCUCAGGCCGACAUGCCCACACAUCAGGCUGGUGAGGGGUAGGAGGAGGCAAGGAGAAAAUGAAGGAGAACAGGAAUGUGUUCUUCCACUUCACGGAGCCCACUGUGACUGACUGUGAUGUAAAUAAAUCAAGGACAAUCAAUCCAUCUGCCUCUGCUGCUCUGGUCUGCAGAGGGACAGGACCUGUGAAUCUCUUCCCUUGACUACUCUUCCUGCUGUAUCAUACCCAGAUAGAACAAGGGAGGGAGAGAAAGAAAGGAAGGAUAGAGAAAGUCAGUCAGUCAGUCACACAGUCCUAUAAACAGACUGUUACAGAGAACCAAAGAGUACAAGUAUUAACUAACUAUGGUAUGUGCUAUGAAAAAGGCAAGUGGCAAGAAAGUUACAGAGCGACAAAGGAAGGAGGAACGUCUUAUCUAUUCUACCGUACGCUAUGUUUACACAGAGCUCAUGGGGUUAAGUCAUAUUUUUAAAAAUGACGAACGUAUUCCUUGUACACUUAUGAGGACUGAUCAUUUGUUUGCAUGCAGGUGCGUCUGUGUGUGUGUGUGUGUGUGUGUGCGUGCGUGCGUGCGUGCGUGCGUGUGUGUGGGUGUGCGUGCGUGUGUGUGCGUACGUGUGUGUGGUCAAGUACAUGCUGUGCUUGCAGUAGGUGUGUUGUGUGUGUGGGCAAGUGAGACCGAGUGUGUGCGCACACGUCUGGGGGGGGGGAUUUUACCUUUUUAAGAUCUGUUGUAUAUCAGACAAACCUCCUGAGGGCUUUAGCAGGUUAAAAUAAGGUUUACUGUAUAUGCUUCCAUGCUUACUUCUUACAAGCAAUGCUGUUGUUUAUCUUUCCGUUUGUUGUUGUUGUCCCUUGCUGUUUGUUUGUUUGUUGUUGCAUGGAAGCUUGUGGACCUCUGCUCAGUAGCAGCAUGCUGAAGGUCCUUUUUUUCUGGUCUUAUGUGUUCCUGACCAAAAGAGAACACUAGUGAGCCAAUAGUGUCAUACCACAACACUAGUGAACCAAUGUGAGGGUGUUAGAACACUACUGGACCAAUAGUAUUGCACCAGAACAUGAGUGGACCAAUGGUGUUGGACCAGAACUUUGGUUAACCAAUAGGAGCACAGAUUAACUUAAUAUUUUGGUUCCUGCUGUGGACAAACUAGAAAUGCACUAAAUAAACUCUUUCUAAAGAAGUGAAACAA